AGUUCUAUUCGGUCAGUUUUCUUCUCCUCAUCAAAACCAUUUGCAACUUUACAAGUUACAACAUACAGAGUACAGACAGCCGUUUUUCGCUAAGAAUCUUACUUUCAAGAAAAUCUUGAGGAGGGGAGAGUGUGAGUGUGAGUGUUGAGUAAGAAUGCUGAAGUUCCUAUCAAGAGUUCGGAUCGAGUUCAAUGCCUUGGACCCACGCACAGCCUCGUGCAUGGAAUUCUUGGCACAGUGCAACGCUCCCAAGGCCAAAGAGUCCAACCCUGCUUGUCAAAUCCAAGUCAAACGCCGAACCGACGACCACCCUCCCCAAAUCACCGUCACUUUCGUCAACGGAGUCGAAGAGGUUUACGACGCCACAUCCACACCGGCCCAGACCAUAAGGACUAUGAUUCUCGAUAAGGGUCAGUCCCUCGAGACCGAGCAAAUGUUCCGUGAAGCUGGUGAGGCUUGGCCUGUUUUUAUCCCCGAAGAGGAGCUCCGCCAGCACGCGCCUGGCACCAAGCCGAGGAAAGCAGAAGAGAAGAAGCAGUAAAUGUAUCUUAUCUGAUGUACAUAUAGCUUGGGAUCAUUAUGGAUGGUGGGUAGUCAGAUUUUGCUUCACAGAACAUUUCAUUUUUGGAAAGAAAAUGCCAUGUCAGACCUGAUGUUGAACUAUUCUUUUGGUUUGUGCUGCUAGCAUGUUUGUUCUGCUUCACCAUGGAUGCAUCAGGUGAAUCACUGUGAUUUAAUUGAAUCCUUGCUGUAUGAGUUGUGGAUGUUUGGAAGUCUUUUUGCUCCUUUGUUUCAUCCUCUUAUGAUCAUAAAAGAAAGAGUUGUGUGCAUAA